GGCGCCCCACUGUGUUGUUCAUGCGACAGCGGCGCUGUUUAGCAGUGCUUUUGCUGCUGGCUUCCACAAGUCCUUGCGUCAUGGUGCGCUUGCUGUGCUUGCAUGGGAAAGGCAACACGGCCGACACCUUCCGUGACCGCGUGAAGCCUCUGGCCAAAGACGCGGAGCUUGUCUGUGUCAGUGCUCCUCAUCCGCUUGGUGAUGGAUUCGCCUGGUGGCAUCUGCCACCAGGUGAGCGUUCCUUCACCACGCCUGUCUUCGAGGGUUGGCCAGAGACCUUAGACUUCAUCCGAAAGGUGUGGACUGAAGAGGGCCCCUUCGACGGCAUGCUGGGCUUCUCUCAAGGCGCUAUCCUGGUGGCAGCUCUGGUCGCACUUGGAGAGAUGAAAUCUGGAAGAGCCUUGGCGUCGUGCCGGUGCCUGUUGCUGUGCGGUGCCGCCGUGCCCGGACCGUUCCAGCGGGAAAUUGCAGAUUUGGCUUCUCGGGCCGAUAAGCUGGAGAACGGCAACUACGUGGCCCUUCACACCAUUGGCCGGCAAGAUGAUAUUAACCCUCCCGAGGGAGCACGACAGGUUGCAGCCGCUGUGGGUGGCGAAAUCUUUGAGUUCGAUGGGGGGCAUGAUGUCCCGAUGGAUGAGGCCGCACUGGAAGUGUAUCGCAGCCUCCUGAAACGCUUGCCAUAAUAUAUGGCCAAAGGAUCACAUCAGUGGUUGGAUGAUGUUGGGGACCAUACCAUUUCUAUUUAAUACUUUCGAUCAGCUGCCGGUUUUGGAUGGUUUUGGCAAG